GCGGUGCCGGCCCGAGGCCGGGUCACGUGAGGGGCGGCGCGAGCGCGGCGGUUGGUUGUCCGGGCGGGAGCUCAGGUGAAGCGGAGGCGCACAGUACUUGGAUUGGUCCAUGAUGGAGACAACAACUAAUUUAUUUCGUGUGGAGUUCCCAAAUUUUACUAAUACUCUACUUCAAAAGUUAAACCAACAGCGUCAAGAGGGACAUCUAUGUGACAUUGCUAUUCAAGUCCAGGGCUGUUUAUUCAGGGCCCACAAGGCUGUCCUUGCAGCCAGUUCCCCGUAUUUUUGUGACCAAGUACUACUGAAGAACAGUAAUCGAAUUCUUCUACCAGAUGUGAUGAACCCAAGAGCUUUCGAAAAUGUUUUGCUAUCUUGCUACACGGGGAGACUAGUGCUGCCAGCCGCUGAAAUUGUAAGCUAUUUAACAGUGGCAAGCUUCCUUCAAAUGUGGCAUGUUGUGGACAAAUGUACAGAACUUUUAAAGGUCUGCACAGCAGUUACACGUCAGAAUUCUAAUCAUUUGAGCAAUCAUCAAUCUCCCAGCAGCAGCAAUUUCAAUGGUCCUGGAGAGAUUUCAGAACUUGGAACCAUUGGACAGCCCGAGCUUAGCAGAAAUUUAGUGGAAGAUUCAAAGGCUGACGAAAAUGAUGAAGAAAGUCCCAAAGAGAAUGGAAUGUCACCGCCCGACAUAAUCGAGCAUGACAACCUUCCAAGCAAUUCUUCAGGGGAGAAUGACCGGCUUAGCACAGAGGUGACAAGCCAAGAUGGUGAGGAGGGAGUGAGCGAUGGAGCCGAAUGUCCCUACGUCAGGCCAGUUUACACUCAACCCAGUAUUAUGCCUCACAAACGGUGGGUGUACGUGAAACAAGAAAAGUUUGAACACGAUUAUGAUGAUGGGAUGAUUCGCCCUAGUCCCGAAGGGCAGAAUAUGUCGGAAUCAGAAAAUAUUACUCAGGCUGAACCUGUAAUACACUCUUCCAGCAUCGAUAAUGGCUUCCAUAUUGGUGCUGCCAAAAUGCAGGAUUUUGAGGAAGGCUAUGAAAAUCGGUCAUAUGAUGAACAGGUUGAUUAUUAUGGUUCUUCAAUGGAAGAGUUUUCAGCUGAGAGAGGAGAUAUGGGUGUUGUUGGCCUGCGCCAGGACUCCUUAAUGGCAGCUGAAAUGCAGGUCAAUCGAUUGCCAGGGUACGGCGUGGAAGCUGAACUAGGAAUGGGAGCCAAUGAAAAGAAUUCUCACUCUGGCUUCACCGCUGUGGUUUACAAACUUUACCCUUGCCAGUGUGGCAAGAAUUUUACUCACAAGAGUCAGCGCGAUCGGCACAUGAGCAUGCACCUUGGUCUUCGACCUUAUGGCUGUGGUGUGUGCGGUAAGAAAUUUAAGAUGAAACACCAUCUUGUGGGCCAUAUGAAGAUCCACACUGGGGUCAAACCGUACGAGUGUCACAUCUGUGGGAAGAAGUUCAUGUGGCGCGACAGCUUCCAUCGACACGUGACAUCAUGCACUAAGCUGUACCAGGCACCCGAUGUCCGCUGAUGGAGCUUGUGGGACGAACAACUCCGUGAUAUGGUACUUGCUGUGGUGAAGAUAUUUAAGUGCUUUUUCUGACUCAUUCAGUUAUGUCCUCAUUCACGGUAGAAUAUCAUAGCCUCAGCGGUCACAGCCUGGAAAUCUAUUAGCAACGUGUUGGUGCUGUGACAACUCUUAUUUAACCAGAGAUACCAACACUGAAAUGUCAAAAUACUGAGAUUUAUAUCCCUAUAAAAUGAGAGUUGGAGAAAAUCAUGGAACGCAGCACCCCUCCCUGGCCACAAGGGUCUAGGGGGAGAAGCUCUCCACUGGUGGGAUCCAUUUUCAGUUAUAUUCCGUGAUAUUUUGACAUUCAAAUAAACCGUUUUGCAGUACACUGAUGGCUUUGUUCGCUUUGGCCUGUUUCCAAUAUGGGGAGGGUUACAUCUCUUGGAAACAAUGCUGUUCUUCAGUUAGCUACACUGAAAAUUCUCAGACCUUUCUAGCAGUUUA